UGUUCUGUUGGUUUUCGUCACGAAAGCCAAAGAACACUUAUCAAACUGAAAAUCGCCGAACGAAUCUUAAAUGAAGCAAAAAAAACUAUAUUUCUUUUUUUGUUUUCUCUCUCUUCUUCUCACUGGCUGGCUCUCUGCCCCAAGGCGCCACCUUUCUCUGCAAAAAAUCACUGCUUCCUACCCCUAACAUAUGUCUCCCUUCUCUAUCUCUAUCCACACACCUCUUUUUUACUUUCUAUUUAUUAUCACCUCUCUCUCUCACCAUAACUCUUAUUUACCAUUCUGCCACCAACUUCUUCUUCACCAUCUUCCAAGUGGUUUUAGGGUUUUGGAUUCUCCACAUUGUGUACUCAAACUCCGUUCAAUACACAUUGAGAGAGAGAGAGAGAGAGAGAGAGAGAGAGAGCUUGUGUCUGAGUUUGGCGAUUGCUUUUUGAAGAAUGGGGGAAGUAAGGAGGCAUUCGUUAGAUGUACCCAUCACAAGAACGCUUGUAGCCCUUAGAAGGGUUCGGUCUCUGAGAGAUCCAUGUACCAACUCAAUGAGCAAGUUUGCUUCUUUGCUCGAAAACGUCAAAUGGGAAACAGCAUCCAACAACGGGAUCUCGCUUCAGUUUCUGAACGAUGAUAAUGCUUGCAAGGCUGACGAUGAUGCUCAUGUGGGUUUGGUUCCUUAUGAAUCAUACUCGAUCAUGGAGGAGCUAGAGAAUGGUUGUGAUCUUCACAAGCUGAGCAACAGAGUGCUUAAUGGAGAAGGAGACGCUUGCUCGCCUUCAAGUGGUAAUCUAUCGGUAAAAGGUAGGGACUUGGCAUGUAAUGUGCCAACCCAUUACUCCACAAAGGUAGCUAGCUCGGUUGGUGAGUACGGUAGCCAUGUAGGUAGUCCGAUGACGUCAACAAACCAUAGCUAUGGUCUAGAUGAAGAUGUUGAAUGUAACCGUGGCUGUGGAAUAGCCUCUUGCUGGUCAAGAACGCCGAGGUACAGAGGAUCAUCAAACCAGUCCUCUGAUGUAGAAGAGUAUCCUUUACUACUAUCUAGUAAUCCCGAGAGUAACGCUGUGACACCGAGGAGUAAUCACGAGACUGUAUCAAGAAGUCUAAGUCAGAAGUUCAGACCAAAGUCUUUCGAUGAGUUAGUCGGACAAGAAGUUGUUGUCAAGUGUCUGUUGAGCACUAUUUUAAGAGGAAGGAUCACUUCUGUUUACCUCUUCCACGGUCCUCGCGGGACCGGUAAAACUUCGACCUCUAAGAUAUUCGCUGCUGCUUUAAACUGCCUUUCGCAGGCAGCUCGUAGCAGACCGUGCGGCUCGUGCAGCGAAUGCACUUCAUCGAGGAGAAGCAUGGUCGUGAAGGAGAUAGACUCAGCUAAACUAAACCGGCCUAGCUACCUCAGGUCUCUCAUCAAAAGCGCUUCUCUUCCUCCUGUUUCGUCUCGAUUCAAGGUGUUCAUCGUCGACGAGUGUCAGUUACUAAGUCAAGAGACUUGGGGUACGCUCUUGAACUGUUUGGAUAACUUCUCUCAGCAUUCUGUUUUUAUUCUGGUUACGUCAGAGCUAGAGAAGCUGCCGCGCAACGUCCUCUCAAGGUCUCAGAAGUAUCAUUUCUCUAAAGUGUGCGAUGCGGAUAUAUCCAGUAAGCUGGCGAAGAUUUGUGUGGAAGAAGGGAUUGAGUUUGAUCAGGGUGCGGUUGAUUUCAUUGCUUCUAAGUCUGAUGGUUCGCUUAGGGAUGCUGAGAUAAUGCUUGAUCAGUUGAGUUUGCUUGGUAAUAGAAUAACUACAUCUUUGGCCUACAAGCUUAUUGGAGUUGUUUCUGAUGAUGAGUUGCUUGAUCUGCUUGAUCUUGCUCUGUCUUCUGAUACUUCAAACACGGUUAUAAGGGCGAGGGAGCUUAUGAGGUCAAAAAUAGAUCCUAUGCAGCUUAUUUCACAGCUGGCUAAUGUCAUUAUGGAUAUUAUUGCUGGAAAAUCGCAAGAGAAUAGUUCAGCAACCAGACUUUGGUUUCUUGCAAGACAUACCUCUGAGGAAGAAAUGCAGAAACUGAGUAAUGCAUUGAAGAUACUAUCUGACGCUGAGAAACACUUGAGAGCAUCGAAAAACCAGACAACCUGGCUUACUGUUGCACUGCUGCAACUUAGCAACACAGACUCAUCUUCUUACGCAGCAAAUGAAAAUGGAGUGUGUUUAAGAAGCCAAGGAAGCAAAGAUGGUGACCGCUCCAGCACAACAUCAUCAGAGUGUCCUGGUGAUGCCGUUAAACAAACCGAGGAGUGUCAAAACAUAAACUGUAACGAAACAGUUGAAACUGUGUGGAAAACGGUCACAGAGUUGUGCUGUUCGGAUUCACUAAAGAGAUUCUUGUGGAAACGAGGGAGGUUAACUUCACUUACUAUUGACAAAGGUUCAAGUGUGGCAAUAGCAAAACUAGAAUUCUACACACCUCAACAUGUAACAAGAGCCGAGAAAUCAUGGAAAAUGAUUGCAGACUCAUUCCAAUCCGUGUUAGGAUGCAAUGUUGAGAUUCGAAUGAAUCUUGUUAUCUCUGCGUGUUCUCCACCAAAGAGUGCUAGAGCAGCAGGAAGGCUUUUCUCAGGACUUUUCAGCUGCUCUCGUAGAAUGCUACACAAGUCUACUUAUCUGACUAGUAUAAACGACUCUGAUCAUUCACCUGAAGUUACAAAUUCUCUGAGAAGUUGCCAGGGAAAUGUCUUGAGGGCUCGAAGUGUACGUUCUUCAGCCAAUGCAUCGUCGCGGAUGAGCAGUGCAAGUGAUCAGGGCGAUGCAUAUUCUGUUAUGUGUACUCCACAUAUGCCUCAAGAUGACAAAAGGCCAGCAGAUGACGCAGAUGUGUUGUGCUGGAGGAGGACUCCUCUAGGCAAGGGUCAGGGAGAGACACAGAACAACAAGAGCUCAAGGCUUAUUGACCGAGUUCUUCCCUGCACUGCAACUGGUUGAAUGAGCUUGAUGACAUUCCCAUUCUGUGGAGUGGAACCAUUAGUUCUAGCAAAUCCAUGGAGACAUCUAUAAUGUAUUUCAAGACCAUAUAUUAGAUUAGCAUAUACUAAUCAAUCAUUUAAGGACAUGAUUCAUUUUUUUUUAGUGUAAUCUAAACACUUUA